AUGGCCAACAAGAUGAAGAAGCCUCAGACCGAAGAGGAAAAUGUUGUUGGCCACAUACAUAGUGUGUCGCCCAUUAAAACCUCAGACCAGAAUGUGCAAUAUUUUGAAGCCAUCCUCCAGACUGGGCGGGAGGAUUUUAACAGGGUGGUGGUUUUUGCAUCCAAGAAGAGGAACGAGUUUGUCCAAGCAGCAGACAACAGGCAGGCGGUUCGUCUGGUUCGAGUGAGAAAAAGCUUCAGCUUUGGCAACCCUGGUGGAUUUGACGUGCUCGUAUCCAGUAACAGCAGCGUUCAGGUGGCGGAGGACCUGGAGUUUCCUAGGAGGAAUCCGACCAGCGCUGAAGAGUUGACUGUGGCCCAAGUGUUGACCCUGGGACCCAAGCAGCGAGUGGGCACGAUCAACGUCAGGGUGCUGAGGGCCACGGCUCACAGGGUGGUCCAGGUACGAGAAACCUCCUGCGAGUUGCGAGUCUUCGAAGUAUGCGACGCAACAGGGCAGACCUCGUUGACGGUGUGGGAUAGGCUCAUCGUUUCCGUGCAGGACGGAUGGUCGUAUCGUUUUCAAACACUUGCUACAAGAAAGGAGGGAGACCGGACCGUGCUCACCACCACCCCGUCCACGACGGUGACACCAACGACAGAGGUUGGUCAGCCUGCAGUCUUGAGGCCGGUUUCUGUUGGAAAUGAAGAGGUUGUCCGGGGACCUGUUGUGGGCGUUAAAAUUCUGGCCAAGCCGAGUUGUGCGAGGUGCCACACUGGUCAGGAUAACCUGGUGGUCAGGUGCACCCUGCACCGGUGUGAACGUUGCGACAUGUUGCAGAGAACCGCAGCCUUCAUCAUUUCUUAUUCUGGUGUGCUGAUAGUGCUAGACCGAAAUGGCGAAGAGAGGUCGAUGUCUUUGACCAACUCUGCAAUCUUUGCUUAUGUGAGGGACAACUUCCUGAAUAGCUCUGCACACGACGGCGCUGCCCUGGAGGAGUCGGUGAUGGUGCUCUCGGAGGUGGAGGUGACCAUUAGCUGCGAUGGUCUGGUUGUGUGUUUUGGUGGGACUGUUGCAGCUAAAUCAUCCACUGAGCAGGAGAGGGCCACAGGCGCUUUGGUUCAAGACUCCUCAUCCACUGACCAGAAGAGUGCCAGUGAUGCUGAUGACUCAAGAGAUGGGUCUGCCAUAUGUGUGUCUGAUGAGAUGAAGGUGCUUGAAGAGAUGGUCGAUGAUGAGGAGUGUAGUGAUUAA